UAGAGUAAUGAAUUGUUUGGGUGGGGCAAUAAUAAAGAGAAGCACGACAAAGAAAAAUGAGGCCAGAAGUAGUGGAAGUAAUCUCUGCACAAAUCGUGAAACCUUCGUCUCCUACACCUCAACAUCUUCGUCGCUAUAAUCUCUCCUUCCUCGACCAGAUCACUCCCCAAGUCAACAAUUCUAUGGUCUACUUCUUCGAUGCUGCUGCACAAAAAUUCGACAUCAUCGACAUCUCCGACCGCCUCAAGAGAUCGCUAUCUCAAGUCUUAACUCAGUAUUACCCACUCGCAGGAAGACUCAUGGCCAAGAACUUAACCGUAGAGUGCAACGACGAGGGUGUCCCAUACACAGAAGCCAGAGUCCGGUGCCGCCUCAGCCACGUCAUCGACGACCCUUCUCCGGCCGACGUUGGCGAACUACUUCCGUUUAAAAUGGAUGAAGCCGUUGACACAGUCCUAGGUGUUCAGUUUAAUGUCUUUGAAUGUGGCGGAAUGGCCAUUGGUAUAUGCAUCUCCCACAAGAUCGCCGAUGCACUGUCUUACUUCCAGUUCGUGAAGAGCUGGGCCACCGUGACACGCGGCGGCAACCCGGAACACAUCACGACCCACUUCGAAUCAUCCGCACUCUUCCCGCCAAAACACAUGCCGGGAUACGACCCGGAUUGUCUCGUCCCGAAGGAAAAGAUCGUGUGCAACAGAUUCGUAUUUGAAGCAUCUGCAGUAGAAUCUCUGAGAUCAAAAUACUCGGAGAAGGUGGCGAAGAACAUUCUGGAAGGCCAGAAACCACCUUCAAGAGUUGAAGUAUUGUCAACUUUCAUAUGGACGAGGUUUCUUGAAGCCACUAAGGGGGAAGAAGAAGAAGAAGAAGGAAGCAAAAAGAAAAAGAUUCAGUUGGUGGCAUGGGCAGCAAAUCUACGACCAAGAAUGGAUCCUCCAUUACCAGAAUAUGCGUUCGGCAACUAUUACUGGCCGAUGAGAACGUUUCCAACGUUAGACGAGAAAGGAGAAUGUCAUGAUAUGGGAAGGAAGUUAAGAGAAGAGUUAAAUAAGAUGGAUAAGGGUUUUAUUGCGAAGCUUCGAGAAUGUGAACAGUGGAAUCCUCAACAGAAGAAAGAAGAGAUGGUUAGAUCAACUGGUGGUGGGGAAGAAGGAGAGAUUGCCGCGUUUGCUUUCUCUUCAUUGUGUUGGUUUCCGGUAUACGAGGUUGAUUUUGGUUGGGGGAAUCCGACGUGGGUGGGACCGCCAACGUGGAAAUUUAAGAAUGUGGUUACCUUCAAAGACACUAAGUCAAGCGGUGGCAUUGAAGCUUAUGUUAGCCUCACGGAGGAGGACAUGGCUAAAUUUGAACACGAUGAGCAACUUCUCGCACAUGUUUCUACUGCGGGGUUAAAAUGAUGUUUUACUUGCUCUGGAUUUAUCGUAUGGCUUGGUUGUUUAUUUUAGGGUUUACUGUACUAUAGUCAAUUGUCCACUUUCAUUUGUCAACUAUAUAAUAAGUUUCUUGAUGAUGGAAAGUCAUAAUCGGCUUUACUUUGUUUGGUACUAAGGAGUCAAAAGUCUAAUCUCCCAAGAAAGUGUUAUAAAAUGUUUACUUGUUAAUUUGAAUCAAUAAUGUAAUUUUGAUUA